UGUUAAUUUGAGAAGCCGGCACGAGGCUUCUUUAAGCGUUUAGCCUCACGCGGCGGCAACCUCUUAUCCAAAGUGGCUACAGCCCACACGUGUCCAUUACAUAACCGCAUAGACCGAUCGCCGCCGGUGUCCGUUCUGCUCUUUUAACUAAUGCUUCACCAGCUCUGAAUUUUCUUCUUUGCAGACUGCACCUACUAAUAAUUCGAUCAAAACCCCGGGAAAGAAAAUAGACGGGAAAAAUAUACGAAAGAGGGAAGUGAAAUACCAAGGAAACCCUAAUUGCUUCUACUAUCGAGAUUAUUGAGUUGUUGAGUGAAAGCUAGGGAGAGAUCAGAGGACAGAAGAUGGUGGCGGGAGCGGAAAUUAUCCACAAGAGUGUCAUCCCGGUUCUGGAUGUUCAGUAUCGGUGUAUUUCCAAGCGGAUGGAUGAGAUCGUCGACUUCCCGGCUACUGCGGAGGUUACGCCGCUAGAUUCAUCGGGCGGCACUGCUCCAGAGCUGGAUCUGAUAACGUUGGAUGCUGCCCCAGAUUUUUCUGAAGAGUCAACACUUGUUGAGUUUAUUCCUAGCGUCCGAUCGGGAAGUUUUACUGAUAUUGGGCCACGUAAAUCCAUGGAGGAUGAGCAUAUACGAAUUGAUGAUCUGUCUGGCUAUCUGGGCUCUGUGUUUACUUGCCCAACACCCAGUGCCUUUUAUGGUGUUUUCGAUGGCCAUGGUGGACCAGAUGCAGCAGCAUAUAUCAAAAGACAUGCAGUUAGGUUCUUUUUUGAAGAUGCUAAGUUCCCAAAUGCAUCACAAGCUGAUACGGUCUUCCUAGAAUCGGUAGAAAACUCAGUACGGAAUGCAUUUCUUCAAGCUGAUCUUGCUUUGGCUGAUGACUGCACUGUCAGUACAUCUUCUGGAACCACUGCUCUCACAGCAUUAAUUUUUGGAAGAAUUCUGUUGGUGGCGAAUGCUGGGGACUGCCGAGCUGUAUUAUGUAGAAAGGGUGAAGCUUUGGAGAUGUCACAGGACCAUAGGCCCAUCUAUGCGGUUGAGUGCAAAAGGGUGGAGGAAUCUGGAGGUUUUAUUGAUGAUGGGUAUCUCAAUGGAGUCCUCUCUGUGUCAAGGGCACUGGGAGACUGGGACGUGAAACUUCCAAAGGGCUCUCUCUCACCUCUUAUAGCAGAGCCGGAGUUCAGGCAGGUAGUUCUGACUGAGGAUGAUGAGUUUUUAAUCAUUGGCUGCGAUGGUAUAUGGGAUGUUAUGUCAAGCCAGCAUGCUGUUAGUAUAGUGCGCCGAGGACUCCGGCGUCAUGAUGAUCCUGAGCGUUGUGCCCGGGAGCUUGUGAUGGAGGCUUUAAGGCUCAACACUUUUGACAAUCUGACAGUAAUUGUUGUUUGCUUUACUUCUGAACAUUGUGAUUCUUCUACAUUGCCAGAGCAGCAGCGGUUACAGCCACCAGCUCCACCGUUGAGACACUGCAGCUUGUCCACGGAAGCCCUUUGCAAUCUUAAGAGCUGGCUAGAAAAGGAUUAUGACCGGAACUAGAUGGACAGGAACUAGUUUGUAUAGAUUUUAAGAGACAAUGUGCCAUGAUUGUGAUGAAAAUGGGAUUGAUUCUAUAUUUUUAUUCAUUUGUGCUGCCUUGGAAGUAGUAAUCCGUUUUGUUAGCUUCCGGCAGUCUGCAGUAAUGUGUUUGGUUAUGUCUUUUUUUAUGAUUGUUGUUGUUUUUGUUUGUAUAUAUCUUUGUUAAAAGAUAAGGAAGGCUUAUGAUUAGUCACAGAUGUAUUAUUAUUUAUGAUUAUUAUUGCCAUUGGGGUAUUGAUUUGAUCUG